AUGAAUGGAGCAAACGGUGUCAACGGCACCCAUGGUCCAAACGGUACGAGUGGCAUAAAUGGCACAAAUGGCACGAACGGAAUAAAUGGGGUUGCCACCAAAGCAUUUAUUGGGGCCAUAGACCAAGGCACGACAAGCUCUCGGUUUCUGAUAUUUAAUCAACGUGGCGAGGUCGUAGUGACGCAACAAAUCGAGUUUUCGCAGAUCUACCCUGAGCCUGGAUGGCAUGAGCAUGAUCCGCAAGAGAUAGUCACCUCUGUUGAGGAGUGCAUCAAUGGCGCUGUGCAGACCUUUGAGGGCCUUGGCCACUCAGCUGCAGACAUCAAAGCUGUCGGCAUUACCAACCAGCGUGAGACCACUGUGGUCUGGGAUAAGCAUACAGGCGAGCCUCUGUAUAACGCGAUAGUUUGGACUGACACUCGCGCCGCUGAGCUUGUAAGGGAGUUGAAGCGCCGUCCGGGCUCUGAUGAGCUGACGGCUCUUUGUGGGCUGCCAUUGUCGACGUAUCCAUCAGUGGCUAAACUACUCUGGAUGCUGGAUCAUGUCCCAAAAGUCAAAGAAGCGUACGAUUCUGGGAACCUCGCAUUCGGCACGGUGGACACCUGGCUCAUGUUCAAGCUGAACGGCGGGACAGCCAAGAACUUGUUCGUGACGGAUGCAACGAAUGCCUCGCGGACGAUGUUCAUGAACCUGAGAACACUCGAAUACGAUGAUAGUCUGCUCGAUUUCUUCGGCCUGGACCGUGAGAAGAUCUGUCUUCCCAGGAUUGUGCGCUCUUCCGACCCAUCUGCAUACGGGGCCCUCUCGUCGACCUCACUCAAGGGAACACCUAUCACAGGAAGCUUGGGAGACCAGUCCGCAGCCCUGGUGGGGCAGAAAGGCUUCACUCCAGGUCUUGCCAAGAACACGUAUGGAACUGGUUGUUUCCUUCUCUACAACGUUGGAUCUGAGCCCGUCAUCUCCACCCACGGUCUCCUGACAACAGUAGCUUUCGACUUUGGUCCGAGUUCGCGCAUGUAUGCGCUCGAGGGCAGUAUCGCCGUGGCGGGCUCCAGCGUCAAAUUUCUGGUUGACAAUCUCAAAUUUGCCGAUACGAGCAGGAAGAUCUCAGAGCUAGCCGAGUCGGUGCCGGACAAUGGCGGCUGCACCUUCGUCACCGCUUUCAGCGGGCUGUAUGCGCCAUAUUGGUAUGAUGAUGCUCGUGGGACGUUGUUUGGGAUUACUUCCUACACGAAACAGGGUCACAUCGCUCGGGCCACACUUGAGGCGACCUGCUUCCAGACCAAGGCAAUCCUGGAAGCCAUGGAGAAGGACAGUGGACACGCUUUAACAGAGCUGGCUGUCGAUGGAGGAAUGUGUGAUUCGGAUAUCACGAUGCAGGCAGAUCUCAUUGGCAUCCCUGUCAAUAGGCCAGCCAUGCGCGAGACAACAGCUUUGGGCGCAGCAAUAGCAGCCGGGCUUGCUGUUGGGGUGUGGCAGAGCUUUGACGACCUUGCCAAGGUCAACACUGAAGGCAAAACAAUCUUCAAGCCAAAGCUCAAGAAGCAAGAAAGUGACACACGGUUCAGCCGGUGGCAGAGGGCGGUGGAGAUGAGCAAAGGGUGGCUAUGA